UCAAAAUAACCUUUUAGACUAUUCUAGAAGACUAUAAUCAAUCCUAAUAAUUUUCAAAAUAAUAAUUAAUGGGCCCUCAACUAGAUCAUUAGAUCAUAAAACCAUUUCAGACCCAAAUCAGUAUUUAGACCAUAACUUCCUCAUUAUUCAUCGGAACUGGGCUUAUAAUAUAUCAUUGGAAAGCUGUUUACGAGCCCAACUUAACUAAACUAUAAUUGGACCCUUAUCAUGGAACAAACUAAAUUGGACUGGAUAUUUUCAUAAAUAGAGAAGAUUUUCAAAAACAGAAAGAAAGAUUUUUAUUAAAACUAACACGUCACAAUACUUUUCACACUUUAACCUCAUUUGAUAAUCAAGCGACGUGGAAAGUAUUCAUCAAUGGGUUUGGUUUUUGGGGAGACACAAUUAGGUGUCUACAGUAGGAAACAUACCCUUACCAAAGUUGCUUUUCAUGAUGUGUCCGAAACGAAAGAGGUGAUGAGAUAUGAUAAGUUGAUGCUAGCUCUUGAACCUGUUGUUUUGCGUGCUUCAUCAUCAGAAGAAGAUGUUGAAGUGUUGAUGGAUAUGAUUCAGGUAAUGAGUUUCAAAGUAGAUGAACUACAAGUGUUGGCUCAAGGUUCAAGCCAAGGUUCUGGUGGUGAUGAAAGGCUUAGUUGUGAUCUUGAGGUGGUGAAACAGGUUAUUCUUUCAACUCAAAAACCCCUAGCUUAGUCAACAAAGAAAAAAAGAGUUCGAAUAAACAGGCCAAGGCUGCCAACAUAGUUGAUAAGAAGAAAUAGAAACAAGUUAUGGGGCAUCAAACUGAUGUGGAUAAUGACACUAGGACUAUACAUCCCUUUAGUAUGCAGAACCAGGUACCUUUUCCUGAUAUGUUAGCUGCUCAACAAAUGGCCUCAUAUUUUCAACAAGGGUACCAGCAGGUAGAAAGAAAUAGCAGUGGCGGCCCCUCCGCAUUUAACGGAACGAUUUUAGCCGGUGGAAUUCACAUGAAUGAGUACACUGAUGCAAUUAGGUACUUCACCAACAAAGCAUACCACGGUCAACUGCAUUUCGGUCAACCAGAACAUGUAUUUAAUAACGGCUUUCCGACGAACUCGUCCAUACAUAAUUUGCAAUAGGAUUCUAAUCAUUCAAUGAUAAAUUGAUUUGUAGAAAAUAAGUCAGGUGUAGUAUAAUUUUCUACUGGGUUACAAUUGCUAUAAUUGUUCAAAUUAGGAUGGUAUUUCAUUCAAUACCAACUUGUUUACACUGGUAUCCUGUUGGCAUAUUAAUUUGGUUAGAAUGGUAUCAUAUUUGCAUACCAGUAAGAGUUAGAAUGGUAUCAUAUUUGCAUACCAAUAAGAGUUAGAAUGGUAUAUGUUGGCAUAUUAAUUUGGUUAGAAUGGUAUCAUAUUUGCAUACCAAUAAGAGUUAGAAUGGUACCCUAUUUGCAUACCAAUAAGAAUUAUAUUGGUACCAUUGUUGGAAAGGUAUCUUCAUUACCAUACCUGUAAGAUGUUGAAUGCUAUCAUUGUAGAGUACGUAUAACCAGUAGCAAAUUGCAAGAUCA